CCGGAAGUUUGACAAUCUGAGUGUGGGUGACUCGACAUCAGACUUUGCCCUCUCUGGUUCUGGAAGUGGAAGAAGUUGAGUCUCCUCAGUCAUCCGCCGGCGCCGCCUCCUCUCCGCUCGCUGCGGAGGACAGAGGACAGAGGACAGAAUCACAGCGGAAUCUUCUGCAAGGGGACACGGGGAAGGGCUGUAGAGAGGAGUCUAAACCUUCCAGUGCGGCUGAACCUCUUGGGAAAUCCGUCCAGGUUUUUUCUACUCCUAUAAGGACUCGUCCAGGAUCCAUCUCCACUCACUGAUCACCACACUGUAGAGGCUGCUAUGUCUGAACCCACGGAUCUUUCAGCAGCCAUGGCCCUACAGAGUGCUGAGCUGUCCCACUGCUAGGCGACGGGGCAUCCGAGAGGGCAGAAGACAUGUUGGGACAGAGGCCCGGGGACCACUGCACUGAAUUCUGUUACUAUAGCAACUACUGUAGUAACCAUGGAAAUGCUAUGGAGGACUGGUCUGGUCUGCACUGCCAUCGUCGUCAUGGUUGCCACAGAGGUCGAAGGAGGUCACAGCGAUGAGUUUGUCCAGUCACAAGCUGCUUUCCUGUCCAGUCUAGGCCAGUAUGAGAUCGCCAUCCCAGUACGUGUAGGACCCAAUGGCCAGGCGCUGGAUGCAGAAAUGCCACAACACCACAGAAGGAAACGCAGCACUGAAGAAAGACUGCCGGACUCUCUCUUCUACCAGCUGUCCACGUCACGUAAUAACUUCCUGCUGAACCUAACGCUGCAGGGAGGCCUGCUGUCCCGGCUGUUCAGAGUGGAAUACUGGAAGAAAGGCAGAUUGGCCUGGAGUCAUCCUUACUCUCCCCACUGCCACUAUGUUGGACACCUCCAAGAUCAACCGCACUCCAGCAAAGUGGCCCUGAGCAACUGUAACGGCCUGCAGGGGGUGAUUGUUGCAGGGGGAGAGGAGUACCUGAUUGAACCCCUUGUCUCACCAGAUAACCAGACCAAGCAGGAGAGGGGGGAGAGAGCAGAGGGGCGCCCCCAUGUGGUUUACAAGCGGUCGUCGCUCCGCUAUCAGUACAAGGGCCAAUCCUGCGGAGUCAUUGAUGAGAAGCCGAUGAAAGGCGCGUCAUGGUGGCAGCGAACUCUGAAGACGCCUCCUCAUCAUGUCGGGCGAGGCCAGCUGCCUCUGAAGCGCUCAGUUAGCCGGGAGCGCUACGUGGAGACGCUGGUGGUAGCCGACAAGAUGAUGGUGGGUUACCAUGGCCGCAGGGACAUCGAGCAGUACAUCCUGGCUGUCAUGAAUAUUGUUGCCAAACUGUUCCAGGAUUCUAGCCUGGGGAAUGCAGUCAACAUUGUGGUGACACGGCUCAUCCUUCUAAUGGAAGACCAGCCAACACUAGAGAUCAACCACCAUGCAGGGAAGUCUUUAGACAGCUUCUGUAAGUGGCAGAAAAACAUCCAGCACCGCAGCAGUUACGGUAACGCCAUACCAGACAACGGGAUUGCUCACCAUGACACUGCUGUGCUUAUUACCAGAUACGACAUCUGUAUUCAAAAGAACAAGCCCUGUGAAACUCUAGGUCUGGCUCCUGUAGGAGGGAUGUGUGAACCAGAGAGGAGCUGCAGCAUCAAUGAGGACAUUGGCCUGGGAACAGCCUUCACCAUUGCCCACGAGAUAGGACACACGUUUGGGAUGAACCAUGACGGGAUGGGAAACGCCUGCGGGCCCCGCAGCCAGGAGACCGCCAAGCUGAUGGCUGACCACAUCACCAUGAAGACAAACCCAUUCAUCUGGUCCGCCUGUAGCCGGGAUUACAUCACCAGCUUCCUGGACUCAGGUAUGGGCUCCUGUCUGAACAACAUCCCCCCCAAGCAAGAGUUUGUGUACCCCACCACAGCGCCGGGUCAGGCCUACGAUGCAGACGAACAGUGCCGCUUCCAGUACGGCGUUAGAUCUCGACAAUGUAAAUAUGCGGAAGUCUGCAGUGAACUUUGGUGCAUGAGCAAGAGCAACCGUUGUAUCACCAGCAGCAUUCCCGCUGCAGAGGGAACCAUCUGUCAGACCAACACCAUAGAGAAAGGGUGGUGCUAUAAGAGGGUGUGUGUGGUGUACGGGACUCGUCCAGAGGGCGUGGACGGGGGCUGGGGUCUGUGGUCACCAUGGGAGGAGUGUAGCAGGACCUGUGGAGGAGGAGUCUCCUCAUCUAUCAGACACUGUGACAGCCCCAGGCCAACUAUUGGUGGAAAAUAUUGUUUGGGGGAGAGAAAGCGCUUCAGGUCCUGCAAUAUUGAUGAUUGCCCUGCAGGCUCUCGGGAUUUCCGGGAGAUUCAGUGCUCUGAUUUUGACAGCGUUCCUUUCCGGGGAAAGUUUUACACCUGGAAGCCAUACAGAGGAGGUGGGGUGAAGCCUGUUCUCUCAACUGCCUGGCAGAAGGGUACAACUUCUACACAGAGCGUUCUCCAGCCGUGGUGGAUGGCACACUUUGCCGAGAUGACUCUCUCGUUGUGUGUAAAUGGAGAGUGUAAGCACGUAGGCUGUGACCGAGUCCUCGGCUCAGAUGUACGUGAGGACCGCUGCCGGAUAUGUGGGGGUGACGGGAGCAGGUGUAUGUCUGCGGAGGGACUCUUCAAUGACUCGCUGCCUGAAGGAGGUUAUGAAGAAGUGGUCAAAAUUCCUAAAGGAUCAGUGUUCAUCCACAUACAAGAGCUCAACAUAUCCCUCAACUACCUGGUGCUGAAGAGUAAAGGGGACCAGUACUUUAUCAAUGGGAAGCUGACCAUUGACACGCCACGCAGGUUUGAUGUUGCAGGUACCACCUUCCACUACAGGCGGCCCACCGACGGACCAGAAACUCUUGAAGCUCUGGGGCCAACAAACAUAACCUUAACUGUCAUGGUGCUUGUGCGGGAGGAGAACCCAGGGAUCCACUAUCGCUUCAACCCCCCACUCAACAAGGAACCUCUGAUGGGCUUUGCCUGGCACUACAACUCCUGGUCACGCUGCUCAGCUCUCUGCGCUGGAGGUGUGCAGACACAGCAGGUGGUGUGUAGGAAGCAGGCAGAUCAUUCAGUCGUCUACAACCACUUCUGUGACAAGAAAAACAAACCCAAAGAGAAGAGGAGAACCUGCAAUACUGAGCCGUGCUCUCCGUCCUGGUGGACAGGAGAAUGGUCAGAGUGCAGUCGCAGCUGUAACGGCGGCCUGCGGACACGGGAGGUGUUAUGUAAAAGGAGGAUCUCUUUGACGGAGGAGAAGGUCCUGGACGACUCAGCAUGUACAACCCAACGCCCUUCCCCCACUGAGCCCUGCAGCAACCAAAGCUGCCCCCCUGAAUGGCUGGCCCUGGACUGGUCCGAGUGUACGCCCAGCUGUGGUCCUGGCUACAGGCACCGUGUGGUCUUGUGUAAGAGCGGGGAGAGUGGUGACAACCUACCAGAGUCCAAGUGCCCUAAACAUGGCCGGCCCACCUCCAGGGUACGCUGUAACCUGCAGCGCUGCCCUCCCCCUCAGUGGGUGACGGGUCCCUGGGGAGAGUGUUCUGCCAAGUGUGGUCUGGGUCAGGAGAUGCGUUCGGUGCAGUGUCUGACCCCCUCCCGCCAGCCGUCCAAUGAGUGUCUUGAACAUCAGCGGCCAGCAGGCAUGCAGCAGUGCAAGAGCAAAUGUGACCUCAAUCUGCCCAUCAGUACAGACAACCCUGAAGGCCAAAUGCCGGGAGGAUUUAUGUCAUUCCAUACAAGUCGUAUAAGUCUGAACAAUAAAGAGUGUAAAGAUGUGAACACUGUGGCCUACUGCCCCCUGGUGCUUAGGUUCAAGUUCUGCAGCAGGCCAUAUUUCAGACAAAUGUGCUGCAAGACCUGCCAGGGCCACUGACCUGACACCGUGAAGCUCACAGCGUCCGCUCUCUGGUUCCUGUACACACUCACAGUAAGCCUGAAACCCUCCCACUGAGCCUUGUAACAGCAGCCCUCACACUACCUCUAUCAGAGGGGUGAGAGAUUGAGCUGGAAUGCUGUCGGACUGACACCUGGUCCUGUUACUGUUAAAGAGGGACCAUUUUUCCAGCCAGGAUCCAGCACAAACCAGACGCCUCUCCGGGCCAAGCUGGACCAUAACAGCCUGAGCUGAGUUCUACAUUCCACUGGAGGGAGGGCUGCAGAAACCUGGAGAGACAGAGAGAGGGAGAGAGGAACUUCCCUCCAUUGCCUGUCUUUCUAAUGAUCCCUUUGUUGUAAUAUUUUGGUGCUACUUCAUUUCUCUUUGGCUGCAGGGCUGGUCGCAGUACUCUCUUAAACCUGUAUGUUAACAGGUGAUAUUUGUUUAGUUACGAAUUUAAAAAAUCCACUUUGUAAAACAAAUGAUAUGCCAGAUAUCUUCGCCCAUGAAGAGGAAUAUCUCAUGCUAUAAAAUGAAAGAUUUGUUUCUAUGUUAUCUAAUAGUUACUUGACCACAUUGUUUCUAUGCCAUUGCUUUGUUCUGUAUCAACAUAUUUGUCAAUUCCUCGCUGUUAUUCAGCUGAAGUAUGAGCAGAGUUUGAUUUGCACACAGUGUCAGCAGUCAGAGGUCUUGUGUGUCUUACGUUUGUUUUGAUUUGACUUGAUGUCUCUAUGGAAGCUAUAAAUGUCUCACUGCAGUGAACCUGCCUUAGUCUUGCCAUUUCGGUUAGUUUGCUUAAAUGCUAUCACCUCUACAGUAAAACAGAGCUUCAAGACACAUGGAGACACUUAGUGAUGUGAGCAUAGCCAGUGCUGACUAACCAGGACAUUUUUAGAUAAUAGGAUUGCUUUUUGUGGCUGUGGCAGCUUGGCUCAGUGUCAUUAUCUGAAAAUCCCUCAGCACAGGGCCUUUUUUUGUGUUUUUUUUUGGGGGGGGGGGGUCACAUGUUACCACUCAAUCUACAGUGCUAGUAACUUUUACUAUGACUGGAAACACUGAGCACAGUGAGACACAGUUGAGUCAGCUCUCCCAGCAGAAGUAGGGCCAGUGAGGGGGAGUGAAGACACCUGAUCAUACUGCUUUCAAACAGCAUUUUAUAGUAAGAGUACUAAUCUGAGGAUGGAUUUACACACCCAUAAAAUAUCUAAUUUCUUUGUGGCACAGAUCUGAUGUAUUCAUGGCUGUUGGAAACCAUCGUUAAGUCUGCUGUGAUCAUUUGAACUAAUCUGCCUGUGUGAUAAGAGCUGAUUUUGUUUGACCAUGUAGGGGCAGUAGAAACAAGUUGUUGAGUUGUUGCAACAUUCAUUUGGAGUCAUGUUUGUGUCCACCGGAUGAAUAUAAGUCAAUAUUCACUCUCUUUGAGCUCUGUUUUGGUCUCUACUAACUCCUGUUAUCUGUCUCUUUAGCUGCUAAAUGCUCCACUAUGUUCACCUACUAUUCUAUGGUUGCUGUUUGCUGCAAAGCAGGUAGUGUACAGUGAUUUUUCUUAGAGCAUUUUCAUUGAAAACAGCUGCCUGCUGCAGCUGAAAAUGACUCAAUGAGAGUGAACCAAAAACUGUAAAGUUGUAGGCUGAACAGCUAAACAAUUAGAAACUUACUAUAACACACCAUAAAGUCAAGGGGAGCUGCAAAUUUAGGUGAUAAUUCUCUUCAAGUUCAUCACUAUGAGGAACCCCUUUCACAUUAUCAUUUCAUUCAUUGGUAUUAUAAAAACAAUUGACUAUAGUUGCUUUAAGGAAUCAACACAGUCAGCGUAAAGCUGUGUGCUGAAUUCUCAAAAAGCCCAAAACCGCUGUGCAAACCAAUGUCAGCUAUUGCCCUAAAGAUAGUGAUGGGAUAUGUCACCUUAAAGGUCACAGAUUUCCAUUCAUCGUACAGGAAACGUGCAUUUGUGUAGCGCUGAUUUCAUUGAAGAUUUUUUUAAUGACACCGAUUUUAAAAAUUGCAGUUUCAGCUGUUUCUCAAUCCUAAAUAGCCUCAGAGAAUCAACAGAUCAGUCAUCACUGUGACGUCCACUGUGUUCUGUUGUAGCCGGUGUCUUCACAAACGUUCACCCUGAACACCGCUGAAAGUAGCUCUGUUUAACACUACAUGUCACAUCAUUUCAUUGUAAAGAGACAAAGCUACAGUUUGUCUUUAUGGGGAUAAGCUGCAAUGCUGUUUUGUUUUGUUUUAUUGUGGUGCUUUGGUUUGGAUUGGUGCUAUUAGUUCACUGUUGUUGUAAAUGUUGUCAUUUUAACAAAUGUGCUUUUAAUUAUUCAGAAAUGAAUUUGAGCCUGUUGUAACAAUACCAAUCUGCAGAGCAGGACCCAUCUCCCACCAGCCAUCCUCUUUGGAUUCCUUUGUUCAUUUCUAUCAGAAUGUAAGCUUUUUAAUGUACACUCCCUGACCUGGUUAAUAUGGCCAGUAGUGCCUCAAAAUCACCAUCCAAAUUUUAGAAUUAUGUCAAAUACCAUAGCAAAUUCUGAAGGGGCACUGUACAUAUAUUGGCCUUUCCCAGUGCUCUUAACAUCUUAACAAUUUUCGGAUUAUAAAAAUUAUUUAUUUGGGCAGCAUAAACAAAUAUUUAGGUUUUGGGAACGCCUUAACAAAUGUUCAGUACUCAGAUAGUGUGUAGGGUCUCAAACAGACUGCUAAUCCAUCCACGUGGGGCAUAGAAACGUUAUUUAAAGUUUUUGUGCAGUGUAUGCCAUCAGUGUUCAGCUAACUUCACUCCUGCAAUUUUUCCUGAUUGAACAUGUUGAAACACUUUUUGUAUCAUUUAUCAGUUGCACAUAAAGUUUCAGAAAAUAGUUCUUGUUUUAGUGUCUGAAAAACAUUUUAUUUUCUCUAUAUCUACCUGUGCCUAUAAUAAAGGUUCACACUGAGAAGUGAGCCUGUUUUAUCUGAGUAAAUAAGAGGGACAGUACCGGUAAUUGUUGUUUUGUUUUGUCACAUGAUAAUUAUAACAUGACAUGUACUGUAUGUUGUUCAAUAUACUAUAGAAAUUGAAUCUGUUUGUCCCCCAUGUACAUCUUUUUAAAAGGAAAUAUUAAGUUGAUUAAACAUGA